AUGCAAUGUAAUUCUUCACAAGAAGUGGCUGCUCUCGAAACAGGUACAUCGCCGCAGCACCUUGAAGAGGACGACGAUGAGGACUUGAAUCUUUCAUCAGAUAUGUCCGACUAUCACGAGAGAGUAGACGAUUAUGAAGACAUUGAAGAACCUAGCGAUGGCGAAGGCACAGCGGCGACUGAAGAUGUGGCUCCUGAAUUACCUUCAACGUCGUCGUCGACUGUGCGAAGACGUAGAAGCAGUGGAAGCAAAAGGAAAAGACUGAGCCCACAGGAACUUGGCGACGACGAAGGUGGAAAUGGUGGAGAAGAAGUGGGAAGUAGUAUGGAGCGAAAGCGGAGAAGUCCUAGAAAAACUGUAAAAACCCCUGUUGGCGAGCCACAAACUGAGGGUGAACAUGAACGCCGACGAGAUGAAGGACAACAACAAGAACAACAACAUGAAGAGUCUGUAGGGGCAGUGUUAAGGCGUGGAGCCGAAGCACAGGAGAAUAUUUUACUGGGACUCGAGUUAUCAAGGCGUAGGCGUUACGCUGCACCCCUGCCAGACCCUGCAGAUCACAGGAAUGUGCUAAGGUACAUGCAAGACCUCAAUGAUAGGAGGGAUACAGAGGGUUUGGGAUACUAUCGCAGUGAAUAUGAACAACAGUGUUUCAAUAUACGGCGCCUCGCUCAACCGAUACAGAGUGGUACACAGCUUUUGUGGAACUACGGCAAGCUUUAUGAACAUACAACAGCAAAGCCCAUGGAAUGCUUGUGUUCAGAUUGCAGUAGAGAACUAGUGUCAUCGGAAAAACUUCUCAUUGAUUUCGAAAUACCUCCGAGAAUAGACGCCGUGCCACCUGACGACGACUCUUAUUCCCAGCAAAUGGCCUUAUUCCCAAGGGAUGGAAUGAUCGACGUGCGGCACAUUUUCACUGCGCGCAAUGUUUUCUAUUCAUUGAAUGUAAAGACUCGCGUACUCGGACUCGUAGUUCCUGUGCCUUCGAGCUCUGUUUCGGAUGUGGGCAUGGCAUAUCGUCACAGUCGGCUAAUGUUCUUAGGCGAUGAGGAUGGCUUCCCUGCACCGCAAGACGAUUUAAACAUACCGCAAAACGCGAAUGCUUUACUUCAACUGUUGUGUGUUGCGUACACAGAUGCGUACGAAAAGGGAAACCCCGUAGUGUUGGCGCUGAAACAAGAACAGGGCAGGAAAAUCGAGGCUGUUGAGAAAAAGCGCUAUGGCAACUGCAUCAUAUAUGAUGAUUCGAGAGGAGACUGCCAGGCUGUGAUCGAGCAAACCGUGGAAACGGCUCAAGAGAAGUCAAUGCUACAGAUGUUUGGCGAAGCACGCCUCUUUUACUUCCCAACACCCAUUCCAGCAAUGUGGACAAAGCUACGCAGCAACGUCACAUUAAACGUCGACCAAGCCUCCAAAGUUAUGGACGAGUACGAUCCCGACAAGGAAAUGAGGAGACUAAUACAGAAGGAAACUGGUAUCAAAAAAUGA